AUGUCUUAUACAAGAUCCCCCAGUCCCUUGUCUGAUGGUGUUGCGGAGCAUGCGGGUGUGGACUUGACUACUGAUGGGAGUGGCUCGUGUCAAGAUGCGGAUGAGAUGGCUACUCUUGUGGAUUUCUCACAUCGAGGCACGGAUGAGAUGGCUACGCUUGCGAGUUUAUCGCGUCAAGACACGGAAGAUUCGGCUACUGAUGGGAGUAACUCGUGUCAAGAUACGGAUGAGAUGGCUACUCUUGCGAGUUUAUCGCUUCAGGACACGCAAGAAAUGACUACUACUCCCGCCCCCUCGCACCAAGACACGGCAAAAGAGCUUCAAAGCGUGAUAUCCAACGCAGAGCUCGACACUUCCACCAAAAACCACAUGAAUCAUCUCGUCCAAACCAUGCAGACUCAGCACCAAACCAUCUGCCCAGCAUGCCUCGAGCCAGACACUCACUCAACAGCCAGCAGCUCCGACCCGGAGUCGACUUCCCGAAAACGCAAGCACAGUCAAACCACCCCCUCUACCCCCGAGUCUGGCACCACCACCACCACAAGACCCAAGAAAAAAAGCAGAAAACAUCCUCAAAAUACAGUAUUCAGUACCGCUUAUGUUGGCAGGUUCAGACGCUGUAAUAAUGACGACUGGUUCUCCCGAUUCGCCGUCGGCAACCCGGAGCCCGUUCAUCUUCCUGCGUAUGGUGCCGCAAUAUCCAAGCGAGCAGGCAAUACCCACCAGGGAGAGUAUCUCGAUGAUCUGGCUGAGCAACACGCCGAAGCGGGCAUGCAUGGCCAGCCACGCCCGCUCACGAUCUUUGGCUCUACACUUGCUCCGAAGCCGUCCUUGCCCAAACACAAACAUCCAGAAGACGUCGCAGCAAUGGUAAACUAUCUGACCAAUCCCGACCCACACCUCAUCUCCAAAACCCCCACCGAAGAGGCCAUCCACUCCUGGUCCACCAUGCCAACAGACUACCCCAAAAUCAUGGUCCGUCUCUGGGACCACAACUCCAAGGCCCACAUCGAGGACGGCAAGCAAGGCUUCCUCUCCCAGUGCGGCGGCGUGCCCCUCGACACCCCCUCCCUCCGCACCUACUUCCUCCAGUCCCACGUCGACUUCCGCAGCCGCGCCGCUACCCCCUUCAUCUCCGUCACCUCCGACCCCUCCAACGCCGCAAACUUCCACGUCCGCCGCCUCAAAGCCCGCCAGGAGAAGCGCAGCCGUGUCCCGGUCGUUCGUUUCACGCUCAUGAACUGGGCCGCCCGCGUGGCGGAGGGCAUGCCUACUCUGCACAUGGGCCGCGAGCUCAGGCACUACAACGUCUACAACCCCUAUGCGUACUCUGCCUGCAGCGACGCGAUUGAGAAGUUUGAGUGGCUUGCGCUGUGGUGUGUUCCGCCGUCGCAGAUCGUGGGGACGUGGUUUGUGGGGGAUAUGGAGGAUUGGAUGGCGAGGCGUGAUGAGGGUAUGAGUGGCUCGAUGAGGCCGGACGCGAGAUGGCUUUGGAGCUUUCAUUUUGAUGCUUGGUGGAAGCUGGUUGCUCUGCCGGCUUACGAGGCGCAUGAGCGGACGAGGCUGGGUGGUGGUGUCCCUGAGCAUAUUGAGAAUUGCGGCUGCUGCGGCCAUUCUUGA